AUGGCGGCAUUGGGCUUGCUGAUGCGAAACUGUCGCAAAUCGCUUAUGCUAGACUUGGCUGUCCAACUAACUAUUUAUUUUUUUAUAGGUGUUUACAUUGUGGCCGCAAAGCGUACUGCUUUCGGAACGUUCGGAGGAGCUUUUAAGAACAUCAAUCAGACACAAUUACAGACAGCAGCUGCCAAGGCUGCUAUUGCUGCCUCCGGCGUAAGCCCUGACAAAAUCGAUACCGUUGUUAUUGGUCACAUUAUGACGUCGUCUUCUACCGAUGGUACAUUCUUGCCCCGUCAUGUCAGUCUUUCUUGUGGUGUUCCAAUUGAAAAGCCCGCUCUUGGUGUCAAUCGACUUUGCGGAAGCGGUUUCCAAUCUAUUGUUAACGGUGCUCAGGAUAUAAUUAUGGGUAGUGCUAAGAUUGCACUUACUGGUGGUGUUGAAAACAUGUCUCAAGCUCCCUUCAUUGCGCGUAAUAUGCGCUUUGGAACAACUCUAGGUGCCAACUACAAUCUAGAAGACGCCUUGUGGUCUGGUCUUACCGAUACCUACUGCAAAUUACCUAUGGCCCUUACUGCUGAGAACUUAGCAGAUCAGUAUAAAAUUUCACGUGAGCGUGUUGAUGAAUUCUCGUUGCGCUCGCAGAAAAAUUGGGAAAAGGGACAGAAAGAAGGUGCAUUCAAAGCUGAAAUUACGCCUUUCAAAUUAAAGGUAAAGGGUAAGGAGUUCGAUUUUGCUGUCGAUGAACAUCCCAGACCUCAAACUACAUUAGAGGGCUUGGCCAAAUUGCCAUCAUUGUUUAAGAAGAACGGAGUUGUUACUGCUGGAACAGCUUCUGGUAUCUGCGACGGCGCUUCAGCAGUAAUAUUGGCUUCUGAGGAAGCUCUCAAGGAAUACAACUUAAAACCGUUGGCUCGUUUGGUUGCUUAUUCGUAUGUUGGUUGUCCACCAGAAAUUAUGGGCAUUGGUCCAGUUUCCGCUAUUAACAACGUUUUAAAAUUGACUGGCAAAAAAAUUGAUGACAUCGAUCUAAUUGAAAUCAACGAAGCUUUUGCUGCCCAAACUUUGGCUUGUGCUGAUGCUCUUGGUUUGGAUAUGAACAAAUUGAAUGUUAAUGGCGGCGCCAUUGCAUUGGGACAUCCAUUGGGUGCCAGUGGCAACCGUAUUAUGGGUCAUUUGGCCCAUGAGAUGCAACGCAAAAAUCUUAAAUAUUCGAUUGGAUCUGCUUGCAUUGGAGGAGGUCAAGGAAUUGCUCUAUUAAUUGAGUCUUGUUAAAAA